AUGCGAUCAUCGCUACGGCACACCCCGAGGGCCCUCCGCGCGGCGCACCCAGCCUCAAGGCCGGCCCCAUGGCUCCAACAAUUCCACCCCCAACAAUCUCGAGCUCAACCUCCAUCACGAAAGCUUAGCACCACCCCGCCCGCCCACCACAACCCCUCAUCCCCGACCUCCUCCUCCGUGAACGAAACCGAAAUCUCCCACUUCUCCGCCCUCGCCUCCUCCUGGUGGGACCCGCACGGCCCAUCACGUCCCCUACACCUGAUGAACCCGCACCGGCACGACUUCAUCCAGGCCUGCCUCGCCUCCUCCCCGCAACCCGACCCCACCCCCAACCCCCUCCGCUACCUCGACGUGGGCUGCGGCGGGGGCAUCUUUGCCGAGUCCGCCGCGCGCCUGCCCACCACGGCCUCCGUCACGGCCAUCGACCCGUCCCCGCAGAUCCUCGCCGUGGCGCGCGCCCACGCAAAGCGUGACCCGUCCCUCAGCCGCGGCGGCAAGCUCACCUACCUCAGCGAGACGAUCGAGUCGCUGCCGCUUCCCGCGGCGCCGGCCGACCGCUUCGACGUGGUCAGCGUGUUCGAGGUGGUCGAGCACGUCGACUACCCGGCGGCGUUCCUCGACCGGGUGGGCGAGUUUGUGCGCCCGGGGGGUUGGUUGGUGUUGAGUACGAUUGCGAGGACCUGGACGAGUUGGGUGACGACGAACUUGGUGGCGGAGGAUAUUCUUGGGGUGGUGCCCAAGGGGACGCAUGAUUGGUAUAAGUAUAUUAAUGAGGAGGAGCUGAGGGCGUAUUUUGCGGGGAAGGGCGGCGUGUGGGGGGUGCCGAGGGUGAUGGGGGUGGUGUUUGUGCCUGGGUUUGGGUGGAAAGAGGUUAGGGGGAGUGAGAAGGUGGGAAAUUACUUUGUGGGGGUGCAAAACGUUGGUUGA